UUAUUAAUGAUGAUGAAUACAAUUCCCCUUCUAACAUUGGGAAUACAAACGACUCCAGUCUACGUUCCUCAUUCCGAUUUUAUGCCCUCUCCUCUUCAUCCAAAUAUCAAUACAACAACAACAACAAUUGAUCGGUCGGUGAGGAGUGUUAGUUGUGGUGGAACGUUUUUUGUGGUGCGAUUGUGGGAUUCUAUUGGUAAUCAAGCAUUGAAUAAUGCUGCUGCUGAAGAGUUGUAUAUCAAGUUUUCAACACCUAAAACAACUCAAUCACCCUACUUUAAAUCACUUAAUUAUGUUGUGAUGAAUGAUGCAUUUCGGAAUGUGAAUGGUGGUGGUGAUACGAGUGUGGAUGUGUUGAAUAAUGAUAGUAAUCCGUUUUAUCAAUUGGAUUAUCGAUUGGCUAUAGAAGAAUUGAAAUUGGGAAAUUGUUAUCAAGUGGAAAAUGUGUUUUGUAAUCAGGUAUUCAUAAUAUUACAAAUGAGGAAUAAGUUGAUAUUGGCUAUUGAAAGUUCAUCUGGAACUUUACACAAGUCAAAGAAAUUUAUGGAUGAUUCCAGUUUGGGGAUUAAGGAAAUUGUGAGUGGACCUCUUGCACUUCAUAUUCUCGUUCGUGGAACUGAUAAUAUGGUGUAUUAUUUUCGUGCUGAUGCUAGCUCGUUUUCAGAGGAUCCAAAAUUACAUUUGGAUUUAACAGAGAGGAAAUAUGUCAUGUCGGCAUUGAGUGGGAGAUCAACAUUUGUA